GGCUUUUCAAUUUUAAACCAAAAAAUAAAAGAUAAAAAAAAUGUAAAAAUUCAUCUUCUUCGAUUCUGAAUUUUCAGUACCCAAAACCAUUGCAAAUCUGAAUGAUCCUCAAGCAUUUCCGGUUUUCCGAUGGAUUUGUUUCCCUCAUUUGACGAUGAACCUUCUCUGAAUGCCUACAACCGGCUGUUCAAUGCCCUCUCUCUGAUCCCGAUCUCGCACUAUCUUCUCGCUCUCUCCAUUCUCUCCGCUAUCUUCCUCUACAAUUUCUUCGAAUUCCACUUCCUCCACGAUUUGCUCACCGGAUUCCGCGGCAGCCCCGUCGUACUCACUCACAACCACUCCUCUCACAUCUACAACGCCGUCGUUUCCAACUGCCGCAUCCUUCAUGGCAGGUAUCUAGCAACGCCGUGGCUUUCGAGUCCUCAUUUUCAGACUGUUUUUCUCAAUUUUUUUGGGAAUCCUCCAGCAUUCAGUUACAGGAGACAGCUCUUUCAUGCUGCUGAUGGUGGAACCAUGGCUUUGGAUUGGCUGCUGAGCUCUGAUGUUUCAGGAGGUGCUUUUCGGAUGUGUAAUUCCAUCUCAAAAGAUGACACAACCCCUUUAGUGGUUAUUAUUCCUGGCUUAACAAGUGAUUCUUCUUCUCCGUAUUUAAAGCAUGUUGCAUUCAGUAUGGCAAAACAUGGAUGGAAUGUUGUUGUUAGCAACCACCGGGGACUUGGUGGCGUUUCAAUAACUUCUGAUUGCUUUUAUAAUGCGGGAUGGACGGAAGAUGUACGAGUAGUCAUUGAUUAUCUCCAUGAUAAAUAUCCCAAGGCUCCUUUAUUUGCUAUAGGAACUAGCAUUGGUGCUAACAUUUUGGUUAAAUACCUUGGGGAGGAUGGAGAAAAGGUUCCUGUUGCUGGAGCUGUGGCAAUUUGUUCUCCAUGGGACCUUUUGAUUGGUGACAGGUUUAUAUGCCGCAGGCUGGUGCAAAAACUCUAUGAUAGAGCGCUUACAAUUGGCCUUCAAGGUUAUGCAAAAUUACAUGAGCCUCGCUAUACUCGACUUGCUAACUGGGAAGGCAUAAAAAAGUCACGUUCCAUUCGAGAUUUUGACAACUUUGCUACUUGCCUCGUUGGAAAGUUUGAGACUGUGGAUACAUACUACAGGCGUUGUAGCAGUUCCUCUUAUGUGGGUAAUGUAUCAGUGCCACUUCUCUGUAUUAGUGCUCUGGAUGAUCCUGUAUGUACUAGAGAAGCCAUUCCCUGGGAUGAAUGCAGAGCCAAUAAAAAUAUUGUGUUAGCAACCACAAAACAUGGAGGACAUCUAGCAUUUUUUGAAGGAAUAAUGGCAUCUAGACUCUGGUGGGUAAGGGCAGUUGGUGAAUUUCUUGCUGUUCUUCAUUCUAGUCCGUAUAUGCAUGUACAAAAGAAGAUAGAGAAUCCUGGCUCUACAUUGUCCUUAGUAACCUCGAUUGAUCAGGGCCCAUAUGUAAAUGUUGCCGAAGAUGGAAUGGUUGCUGCAGCUGGCAAUGAACAUGCAAGUGAUAACCACAUAGAAGACUUAACCAAGUUAGACAAGAUUCACAAUGGAAACGGCCAUAAAUUGGUUCCAGAAACAGAACAGGAUGAGCACGAAACCGAAACAAAGUCUGUUAUUGAGCCCAGCACCGUUCAGGUUUCCAAAGAAAGUAAAGAAGACAUCAAGGAUGCCAAGUCCAUUGAUGUAAUUUCUCCGUUAAGAAGAUGGUUGAAUCAGCUUUGCCGACAAAACAGCGGAUCAAUAUGGUUGCUUUAUUGCAUUGCCAUUGCAACGAGUUGGCCAUUAGUUGGCUCAGCGCUUCGCCUUCUGUUCGGAAAGAAGAAGCUUAGAAGAUAUCCCAAUGCUGGGAGGUAGCUUCCCAGGUAUUUACAGUGACUAGAAAGCUUUCAUUAAACUAACGAGGUUUAAAGUGGGAAACAAGUGGGAAACAAGUGGGAAACGAAGGCUUUCUAUGUUUGAAUAUACUCUAUUAAUGCUAUACCAUACUAAUAUUGUAAUAAGUAAUAUUAUAGUUAAAGUAUCGUAUAGAAUUAUAAUUUUACAAUCAUAACAUAUUAUUAAAUGGUUGAAUUUUUUUGAAUCAGGUUUUUAGAAUCAAUGGUUCGACCCCAAGCCUUAAGUGUUUGGGUGAGGUGGUCAGAGUUUCAAACUCUAUUGCCGUCGUGAACUCCACCAAAAGCGGCCUGAUGGCCGCGCGCCUCAUUUAAGGGGGUGGAAUGUUCAUCCGGUCUGAGAAUUGAAUCCCAGUCGCAAACAACUAAUUCUCAUACUAACUUCUUAACCAUUACUCUUGUAAAAAAAAAAAAAGUGAUUGAAUUUUUUUAUUU